AAUCAAACCUCCGUUGGAUUUGGCCUGUGGUUAAAGUUCAAAAUGUUUCUGAGGCUCCGCCAACUCCAACAGACACAGAAACUCUGCAGACACAAGAGCUUCCGUUGGUAGCUCAGCAGUCUCUCCAAGCUUAGAAUAGCUGUGCUCCCCACAAGUUUAGUCAGGAGACUCUGAAGGCAUCAGACAUCCUGCCUCUGACUUUAGGGGUGCAUCCUGGGAUCCUACAGCUGUUUCUGCAUUCCUUUGAGCUCUGUGCCCCUGUUCUGCCUUUAGCCACAACAUGAAUGGUCUGGAAGCCCUACCGAGUCUGACUGACAACUCCUCCCUGGCUUACUCUGAGCAAUGUGGACAGGAGACCCCCCUAGAAAACAUGCUCUUCGCCUGCUUCUACCUCCUGGACUUCAUCCUAGCAUUCGUGGGCAACGCUCUGGCCCUAUGGCUCUUCAUAUGGGACCACAAGUCGGGCACCCCGGCCAACGUGUUCCUGAUGCACUUGGCUGUGGCCGACUUGUCCUGUGUACUGGUCCUGCCCACCCGGCUGGUUUAUCACUUCUCUGGGAAUCACUGGCCAUUUGGGGAGAUCCCAUGCCGGCUCACUGGCUUCCUCUUCUACCUCAAUAUGUACGCCAGCAUCUAUUUCCUCACCUGCAUCAGCGCCGACCGGUUCCUGGCCAUUGUGCACCCGGUCAAGUCGCUCAAGCUUCGGAGACCUCUCUAUGCUCACCUGGCCUGUGCCUUCCUGUGGGUGGUGGUGGCUGUGGCUAUGGCCCCGUUGCUAGUCAGCCCACAGACCGUACAGACCAACCACACAGUUGUCUGCCUGCAAUUGUACCGAGAGAAGACCUCGCAGCACGCCCUGGCAUCCCUGGCUGUGGCUUUUACCUUCCCGUUCGUCACCACAGUCACCUGCUACCUGCUGAUCAUUCGCAGCCUGCGCCAGGGCCCCCGUAUAGAGAAGCACCUCAAGAACAAAGCCGUCCGCAUGAUUGCCAUGGUCCUGGCCAUCUUCCUCAUCUGCUUCGUGCCCUACCACAUCCAUCGUUCAGUCUACGUGCUUCUCUACGGAGGCAGGAGGACGUCAUGCGCUGUUCAACGUGCCCUGGCCCUAGGGAACCGUAUCACUUCCUGCCUCACCAGCCUCAACGGGGCCCUGGACCCUGUCAUGUACUUCUUCGUGGCUGAGAAGUUCCGCCAUGCCUUGUGCAACUUGCUCUGCAGCAAACGGCUCACGGGCCCACCCCCCAGCUUUGAAGGAAAAACCAACGAGAGCUCCCUGAGUGCCCGAUCUGAGCUGUAAACCUCAAAGAGGUCCUGUCCCCAGGCUAGUUGUAGACCGUUGCAGGAGGACCAGCAUCCAGUGGGAGCAUAUGCCACCAGAGCCAGCUAAAGAAUUCUGCCUCCCCUCACCACUUCCUGAGCAAACAAACUGAAAUGUCAUCAGUUUCCCCCCUUGCUCCAAGGUCUUAAUUACAAGGUCAUCAAGUCUGCGCAAAUCCAUCAAGAGUGGGGGCUAGCUACAGGGAUGCCCUGUCCACCCUUCCCCAGGGACUGGGUUGGCCUGGCUUCUGUAAUAGCUCCCCGACACUCAGUGACUUCACUGGUGCUGAAUAAGGAAGACAGCCACAGGGACAUUUCUGGAACAAUGGCGAUCUUUCUUCCCCGUCAAACUUCAAGCUUCUUUUCAUACUACAGAUGCCCACAGCAACAAAGCCCUACAGAAUAACCCAGAAAGCAAGCUGCCCAAGGCCCAGGAAAAGGGGCAGCACAGAUCUCAAUGGACCUAGAGGGGUGUUUAAUAUGGCCUUUGAAGUGCAUGGUAUAUUGAGUGUUGCUUACGGUGCCUUUACCCCCAUGAUCUCCUCCUGAGUUUAGGGGACACAGACUCUGAUGAUAGCCACAUGUGAGUACAUUUCUGACUGGUUGCUUGUGAGCCCAGCAAAUACAGCUGUAGACUCUGCCCCUCCUGCUCUAACCGUGUGCCCACAUCUGCCUCUAGCCUGGCAAUAUCUUGCUCUUCUCAGUAGAAGGUGGGCUAGUCGGGCAGAUGGCACAGAUGGGGAGCCAUCAGAGCCCACUGCAGACAGGGAGCCAGAUGUGUGAACUUGUCUCCAGCUUACUCAAACCCGGAAGUGGUGUUUCUGCCACCACGCACAA